GGCAUGAUGUUGGCGUAGACGAGCCCCUUAUGGCAGCUGGACUAGACUCCUUAGGUGAGCAUGCGCUCCACUUAUGUUCUUACUAGAUUUGACUUGCACAACAUUGAUAUCCAAUUAUUAGUGUAGGCUCUGUGCAUCUCCGUGCGUCCAUUUUGGAACAAUUCUCUGUUGAUUUACCUGCCACUGCUGCCCUAGACUUUCCUACAAUAGCUGCUCUUGCCGGGCGUGUUGCUGCAUGCAACCCGACUCAUGCUGACAUGUCUACUGUGCAACAUAACAGCCUUGAUCCCAGCAACAUUUCUGGCAACAACAAUCCAGUGACUGGGAUAGUGGGUCUCAGUUGCGCAUAUCCUGGACCAGCUGCAGCGGAUUGUUGUUGUGAUUUCUGGGAAGCUGCUGUAUUGGGGGAAAAUAUUCAAACAACAAUUCCCUACAACCGAUGGGAUGUUGAGCUCCAUUACUCUCCUGAAAUCAAUGGUCUGCGCUGAGCAUUGUGUACUUGUUGUUUGAUCUCUUGUCUUAAGUUCUAAUAAGUUCUUUUUGCAGUCAAUAAAAUGAAUGUGCGCUUUGCUGGAUUCAUCUCCAAUUUGGAGUUCUUUGAUUCUGAAAUGUUUAGGUUUGGCCGUAACGAGGCAAAAGUGAUGGACCCCCAGUCUCGCUUAGUACUUGAGCACAUGCAUCAUUCAUUUAUCGAUGCUGGCACAAGAACUGGGCAAUCGAUCGCUCAAGAUGCAGGAGUAUAUGUUGGUGUCAUGCAUAUCGAGUUCUUAUCUUACCUGAGUUAUAUGGGCAUUGCGAUAAGCCCAAAUGUUGUCACUGGCAAUGGAAUGGACUUUCUUGUGGGCAGACUGUCUUACACAUUUGGCCUCUCCGGCCCUUGCCUCAGUACAAAUACAGCCUGCUCAUCUUCUUUAGUUGCCACACACCUGGCUAAUGCUGCUCUCGUUCAUUGUGAAUCUCAUGCUGCUGCCAGUUGCGGUGUUUUCAUGGUGCUGUUACCGGGAACCAUGGCCGGCAUUAGCCAACUUAAGGCUUUGUCCCCGGAGGGGCGUUGCAAGACACUUGAUUCUUCUGCAGAUGGCUAUGGUCGUGGGGAAGGCUGCACUGUUGCUACAAUUGAGUUAGUCGAUCAUGGAAAUUUGGCAAUUGCAUUCAUAUGCAAUACCGUUGUUAAUCAAGAUGGCAGGUGUAGCAGCCUGACAGCACCCCAUGGUCCUAGUCAGGCAGCACUCAUCACUCGAGCAUUGUCCAAUGCUGGAAUGCCUCCGAGUAUUUUGAAAUACUUGGCAAUCCAUGGGACGGGUACA